CACCUCGUAGAGGAGCAGCGAUGAGAGGAGAGGCUAAAUCCCUUGGUUGUUCAGUGUCAGUCUAAAGAAAGAUCAAGCUCUAACACUUCUUCUCGCAGACGUUCACCUAGAAACCAAAAAGGCCCAAACCAGCUGCAUGUCAGACGUGCUUUUCCGCUCCUACGCGAAGUGAGACUUGAGAGUGCGCGGCCACAAAAGCCGAAUUGUAUGUGUGAGGGGCUAACCGUUAGCUAACGGGCCAGCUAGCAUAGCCACAGGAGCAAUGGCGUUGAAAAGAAUACAGAAGGAACUGUCGGAUCUGCAGCGGGACCCACCUGCGCAGUGCUCUGCUGGACCAGUCGGAGAGGAUUUGUUUCAUUGGCAGGCAACAAUAAUGGGACCGGGUGACAGCCCAUAUCAGGGCGGAGUGUUUUUCCUCACCAUCCACUUCCCGACAGAUUACCCCUUCAAACCACCCAAAGUUGCAUUCACCACAAAAAUUUACCAUCCUAAUAUCAACAGUAAUGGAAGUAUUUGUCUGGAUAUACUGAGAUCACAAUGGUCACCUGCACUUACAGUAUCAAAAGUUUUAUUGUCAAUCUGCUCUCUUCUUUGUGAUCCGAACCCGGAUGACCCACUGGUACCAGAGAUUGCCCACACAUACAAGGCUGACAGGGAAAAGUACAACAAAUUAGCGAGAGAAUGGACCCAGAAGUAUGCAAUGUGAAAAAUGCCAGGGAGAUCAAAAUGCAAACGAGAACAAAAUAAACACGUUUGAUUUGUAACUUGAGACGAAUAAGCAACAGAGGAAAAAUAAACUAGACAAAAGCCCACGUUUUGGAGAAGGAAGCGAUACAAUGAGGUACAGUGCCAUCUGGCUUUCCGUGUGCUGAGCUGCUACCAUGUGCUGUCCUUCAUGACUUGUAUGGAUCUGCUGAGCAGGACCUGAUGGGCUCCUUAUGCCCCCCCCAUAUGGAAUACUGGAAAACUAACCACUGUCCAUGCCACCACACUCAGACUUUCAACUGUUUCUCUUGCUAUUGUAUUCAUCACUGUCAUCGUUGCUAUUCCUUUGCAUCAUUGUUACUGUCAAAGAGUCAUAUCAUUUUUGCUACUCAGAAAACAAAAUGUUUGAUUAAUUUAGGAGAUUGGCUGUCCCUUCAUUUCUGAGGUACUGUCUGUGUCCCACUGGAUGUCUUGUUAUUAAUAUAUCUCCUUGUAUUUAGUGGCCUUUCUGUGUCCUUACUUUCAAAUGGUGUAUGUGCAAUUGAGGCAGAAUGUUCCCUGUUCAACACAAAAUGGUGCUGUGCCAUUACCAGCAGCUGAUCUGUUGGCACAUACUGUCUCUACCCCGCAACAAUGUGAAAGACGCAAAGAAGGAUUGGUCUCUUAUCACUCAAUGCAUUUCAUAUCGUGGCAGUAUUUAGUUGGUUUGAAUAUAUUAGGGAACUGCUGGGAAGAGCUUGCUGGCCCUCGCCUCACCAUCGUGGUGCCCCAUGGGGCAAAUGUCAACAUACAUUUUUCUCACAUGGUGUCAUUGCCCUUAUAUCCUGCAUAAGUACUCACCCAUGGCUGGUGUCCAUAGUGCACAAAAUACUGCUGUUGUAUGACUUGUUUCUUGUGUGGCUAUGAACAUAGCUACUCUUUGGCAUAGAGCUAAGCUGUAUGCCGCCUCCUCAGUAAAGUUACUCAGGUAUCAAACCAAAUCAUCAGCCUUUACAUGCAGUGACCCAUGUUGAGAAGAAUUACCAGGGCCCAUAUCACCAGGUUUCUAAAAAAAAACAGAGUGCUGAUCUACGUUCACUGGUUUGUUCACAUACAAAACAGCUCAUGCUUCCUGAAGAGGCAAACUGAUCAAUGACAGAUCAGCACUCCUGGGGUUUUAAAUGCAUGUAGGCCCUGGUGAUCUGUGUUGUCAUUUCGUCACACAGGGCUUCUUUCACUCGUUGUCCUUGAGUUCUUUUUUCAUCACUAUUUCCAUUUUGAACAACACUUUGGAUGUUAAAAGCUGUUUAAUGAUGCUGUUGAACAUGUACAUGCUAGUGUUUUUCUAAAAUGAAAUGGCCUUUGGCUACAGCUGGUGUCAGUAACACUCAAAAUGAGGAAUUUGAGCAGAAUACCUUUUUGCAGAGCCAAGUGAUUUGAAGUCAUAUGUGUCUUGUUACUUGAAGUGAACAAAUUGGGUAACUUACCUUGACAGUUUUAUAUGCUUUAAGUAUCAGGUGAUGUGAAGUUAUUUCUUAAGUUUAAUCCAUCAUUGGUCUGCAUAAGUUUUUGUUUUGUUUUUGGGAUAAAUAAUCCACACUAAAACAGUUUUGCCUAAGUGAUACAUUUGUGACCUUUUGUAUUGUAUCUUUAAAUGCUUUAGUUUUAGGUUCUCUUUUUUUGUUUCAUUCAUUCAUGUCACCAGAAUUGAACAUGAUUGUGAUUUGUCAUAAUAUUAAUUUUAAUGUAACCCAUUGUGACUGUUGGAUUAAGUAGUUAGCAAAUGCAAAUUUUUUUUUUAAUCAUGCUCAUAAUGUGCUGAUGCUGCCAAUAUAAAGGGAAUUAUUUGAUGUUUGAAAGAAGAACAUGUUCUUUUUGCUAUUGAGGCAUUAUUGAAUGGUUUCAGACAGAACAAUGCAUAGUAAAGCAUGAAAUUAGUAGAUCUGCUUGUAGAAUUAACCCAAUGGUUUAGGCACAGAAUAUAGAUUUUCAUGAUUGUUAACUACUGUGGAGAAAAAAGUCAAAUCAGGUUGUCCUGAAAUACAGUAUAUAUUAAAACAAUUUUAAAAAUGUAUCCUCUAAAUGCUGUUAAAAAGUAUUUUUGCUGACAGACCACAAUUGAAAAUAACUUGCGUGUAAUAGUGCUAGCUCAAACUUUGUAAGCAUUGACAUUACUUCAUCUGGCUAUUUAUUUAUUUGAAAGCAGGGUAUGUUCCAGCUGUUCCGACUGAAUGCAGCCUCUUCAUUUCAUCAUCUGGGUGAUGUUGCAUUGACUUCCAUUGUCCAGUUUGCUCAGUAGAGUUUCUUUAGGCAGCUUGGCAUGCUUUGCACUCUGGAGAAUCCUCCUCACAGCCAUUAGCAAGAUAUCAGGGAUUUCGUUACAAUUCAUCCGCCUAACACCUCUGACUAAAAAUUUUAGCCUUAACCCUCAUGUUUGUAUAUACACAGAGUCAUAAACUGUAAAUUUGCUAUCAGGGCUGUAUAUCCCCCAUAUGGGCGAAUCAUUUCAUCAGUAGAUGUGGAAACCUGCUUGAACAGUACCAGUAUAAUUUUUCUUUUGUUUUUGUUGUUGAAAUGUUUCAGCCUGGCUUUCUCUGAAUGCAGGAUCAGCUGACAUGCAUCUUAAAAAUCUGGAAUAUUUGUGCUUGAUCUGCCACCAUGAACAUCCAUAUGUCCUCACAUAGCCUACAUAAGAUUAACUAUUGACCUUGUCAUGACGUGAAUAAAGCUCAUCUUGGUUUA